UCAAGUAUAAACUCUUGUGAGAUUUAAUAGUUUUUCUUAUAAAUAGCUGUUGGUUCACUUGAAUAAGAACCAAAGGGGGUAUACUUGGCUUCAGCUGCUGAAUAUGAUGGAACGGUACAAGUUAAUUAAGGAAGUCGGUGAUGGAACAUUUGGGAGUGUUUGGCGAGCUAUAAAUAAACAGACCGGGGAAGUUGUUGCAAUUAAGAAAAUGAAGAGGAAAUAUUAUUCUUGGGAGGAGUGCAUGAAUCUUCGGGAGGUGAAGUCCCUUCGGCGGAUGAACCAUCCUAACAUUGUGAAGCUAAAGGAAGUCAUAAGAGAAAAUGAUAUUCUAUACUUCGUGUUUGAAUAUAUGGAAUGCAAUCUCUACCAGCUUAUGAAAGAUAGGGGAGAGGUUUUUUCGGAGGCUGAAAUUCGGAAUUGGUGCUUUCAAAUAUUUCAAGCCCUUGCUUAUAUGCACCAGCGUGGCUAUUUUCACCGUGACCUUAAGCCUGGUAUUACUCUAGUUGUGAGGAAAUGUUUUGUUUAAUAACCAUUUUCUCUUUGUUUUCAUGUUACCAUUCUGAUAGGGUCUAGGUCCCUAUUUGAGUAAGGCUUGCAUUUGACAUUUGUUGUUUGGUUGUGUUUUUAGCUGUUUAUUUUCUUUUUGAAUGCCACACUUAACUAUACGCACUGGUCAAUUAUCAUGGAGAUCAAAAGUAGUGGGAAAUUCAUCCAACAACUAUUGGCCCAAAUCCAGAGCCUUUGGAUUAAAUCUGCUUGGUUCCUGUCUAGAUUUUAUAGUUUGUAGGUCCGUCUGGCCUGAGCUUUUUUUUUUUUUAAA